AUCAAAUUUUCAAUAUAUGACAGGACCACUACGGCACCAUCUCCGCUGAAUCUCCUGUCCACGUGGAUUACAUAUUUCGUCAAACUUUGCAAGAAACGUCUGACCAAAAAGAAGGAACGACCCUCUUUGAUGCACUUGAUGGGUGGCACUCGUAUGUCUCCUCGCACCAGAAUGGGAGCCAAAUGGCUGUCCAAGAUAAAGAAGAACACGCAAGUGGGACACACGAAUAGCUUCGCCUUAUCAGUGGCUCACCUGAGUCCUCUCGGAAGUCAGUUGUCCUUCCGUAACGUUGUCAAAAUCGAUAAUGUCGUCGACUGGGAAGUUGUCAGGCGCAAAUAUAGAGACCUUUACGGCGAGAAGAUCGAGGAGAAGCCGGUCGAAGAGAGCAAGGAGUCGACAGAGAAUCCAUUGGCAGUUUUGGAAGGCUCGUCUGGUGCUGCCGAGAAAUCGAGGCUUGGACUUGGAGCUUGAACGAGGAGGAAAAAAAAUGUUGAAGACACUAUCGACAAUACAUUACAUAACUCUCACAAAAAAGAGAGAAAGAGAGAAAUAAAAAAAAGAGAGAGAUCAAAGCUCUUCCCGUAUUUUCGCAGAUUCGCUGCAUUAAUGCGCUCGAUUGCAUUUAUUUGUACAUACAUGAUCGCCGCGAGACGUAUACAGAGGACCUUGUCAGUAUUUUCGAAAUAAAUGUCUAAGCUGGA